CGUACAACACGACCGUCAUCCGAGAGUAGAUCCGGGAGGGAUCGGGUUUAUUGAGGUAUUGAGGUCCUUACCAGGUAUUGGGAAACGCGGGAUCGCAAACGAAUGUUUAUCUUCCAUCGCGCAACGUUACGAUAUGAUGGUCGCUAGCCCUUGCAUAACAUCUCGUCGCCAAUCAUGUUCUCCUCGCUGAAGAGCUUCACCUCUCACAUCAACUCUAACUAUGCUAUUUCGCAAUCCGUAACCUGUACGGCCGGUCCGUGGAAGAUAUACGAUGCGAAGAAGAAAUCAACAGGCAAGACGUAUUCCGUCUUCGUCUUCGAGAGGAAGUCCAUAGAGUCGCAUGGGAAUUCUCUCGGCCGGUCGGGCGCCGCAGCUUUCAAGCGCUCCGUUGAUGAGGUUGUUGAGCGUUUAAAGAAAGAAGCGUCGUCGCUCGCUAGACUACGACAUCCGAGCAUUCUGGAAUUGGUCGAGCCCGUAGAGGAAACUAGAGGAGGUCUUCAGUUUGUCACCGAGCCCGUAACUACCUCGCUAGCAAACCUCUUACAAGAAAAGGAUGAUCAGGAGAGGUCCGGCGGCGUCGGGGGCCGGUCGAGUCGAUAUGUCACCGAAGACUCGGACGGCACCAGACGGAGGCGGGAUAUAGAGAUCGACGAGCUUGAGAUACAAAAGGGGUUGCUUCAGAUUAGCAAGGCUUUGGAAUUCCUACACGAGAAUGCUGGACUGGUGCACGCCAAUCUCACCCCGGAUGCUGUGCUAAUUAAUGCCAAGUCCGAUUGGAAAGUCAGUGGCCUAUCUUUCUGUAGUCCACCAGAGGGCUCGUCAAAGCCAACUUCGGUUCAGCCUAUCAGCCUUUCGGAAGUUCUCAACUUAGACCCCAGGCUACCAAAAUAUGUCCAAAUCAAUCUUGAUUAUACUUCCCCUGAUUUUGUCCUCGAUAAUAACCUCACCACCUCAGCUGACAUGUUCUCGUUGGGCCUUUUAUGUGUCGCGCUAUAUAAUUCACCUCAUCGAUCUCCCAUAGAAAGCAGCGGGAGUAUCUCUGCAUAUAAGAGGUUGUUCACAUCAUCUUCAACCGUACCUUCAUCUGGGAAUGGCUACCUGUCCAAAAGGCCCAUACCAAGGGACCUUUCGGCUCAUGUACUACCCCGAUUAAUUACGCGGCGUCCCGCGCAGCGCAUGACAGCCCGAGAGUUUCAAGAGAGCGAGUAUUUUGACAACAUUCUUGUUUCUACCAUCCGCUUCCUCGACGCAUUCCCGGCCAAGACUCCAAAUGAGAAAGCUCAAUUCAUGAGGGGUCUCAAUAAGGUUCUACCGUCCUUCCCCAAGUCGGUCAUGGAGAAGAAAGUCCUGCCAGCAUUGUUGGAAGAACUCAAAGACAAGGACUUGCUAUCCCUCAUCCUUCAGAAUGUCUUCAAGAUUAUGGAUCUGUUGCCAUCGUCGAGGCGAGCGUUCUCGGAGCGGAUACGACCGAGGAUUAAAGAGAUCUUCGUCGUCAAUGCGAAACAAUUACAAGAAAAAGAUGCACCUAGGGACGCAGGGUUGAUGGUUGUCUUGGAAAAUUUACGUCAGAUAGCUGAGAACUCUUCUGGUAAAGAGUUCAAAGAUGAUGUCCUACCAAUUGUUUUAGUGGCCAUUGAGUCUCCAACGCCUUCACUUGUCGAUGCUGCUCUACGUGGCUUGCCAGUUAUAUUACCAGUUUUAGACUUCAGUACUAUCAAGAAUGAGCUAUUUCCCAUCGUCGCUGCUGUCUUCAGCAAAACCAACAGCUUAGCGAUCAAAGUUCGCGGGUGCCGAGCCUUCGUCAUCCUUUGCGGUGGCUCGAACGAAUCGUCAUCAGCGGACGAUGGGCUUGACGGGAUAAGCCGUGAGAAGAAAAAGGCAUCUUCAUCCAGUGCUCUAGACAAGUAUACAAUGCAGGAAAAGAUCGUCCCUCUCAUCAAAGCCAUCAAAACCAAGGAGCCUGCAGUCAUGAUGGCCGCCUUGGAUGUGUUGCGCGUUGUGGGCGAUAACGCAGAUGCCGAUUUUGUAGCCAUGGACAUUUUACCUAUCCUAUGGAACAUGAGUUUAGGACCCCUUCUAGAUCUCAAGCAAUUUCGGUCCUUUAUGGACUUAAUCAAGUCGCUUUCGAGAAAGGUCGAAGAUGAGCAAAUAAAGAAGUUACAGGAGCUUUCCGUUGUGAAUGGAGGUGGGAGAGCAGCGACUCCCACCGAUGAUUUCGUAGGAUUCGGAGGUGUUAGCGGGACAACGUUUGAUUCAAGUAAUGGAGCAACGGAAGACGAUUUUGAACGGCUAGUGAAAGGGAAAUCGGGGCCGAGCAUAAACACAAGCGACCCGAUGGACGCAGGCUGGGACACCACCCCAGCGACAGCAUCAGUUAUCUCGCCACCGAUCAAAUCGCCGCAAUUUUCCUGGUCGACACCAAGUCCUACCUCUAGUACUGGUACUGGAUCAGGCUAUUUCGGAGCCACCAAACCUCAACCUCCUUUCCGAACAGUUACUCCGGACCUCAAUUCAUUCGGUACUCUAACCCCUUCAUCUACCCAAUAUUCCCAACCCCUACAACCAAGUAUGGGUAACGCAAGCAAGCCUACAUCUGCUGUACCACAGAAUCCUCCCAACACGGUCAACUGGUCUACCUCGGCGGCAGCGGCGCCCAAUCCUUGGGCUUCGAGUUCAACCAACCCCAUAUCUCCAUCAGCUUCAUCUUUCGGCAAUAUUGCUACAGGGAUGUCCAAUUUAAACCUUGGCCAAUCCAAACCCACUCUAAACCAGUCGUCUUCGUUUUCUCUCCCUCCGCCGCCGUCUAGUGGAAGCAGCACUCCCUCCGGGUUCAGCUUACCUCCUCCCCCAGGAGGCGCUCAGAGACAGAGCUCAACAUUGUCAUCGUUCGGUCAACCAUCCAGCGGAUUCGGAAGCAUAUCUCCACCGCCCGGAAGCAUGAACAGCAUGGUGAACUCGGGAAUCGGAGGCACGAAUAGGAGUAUGAACAGCAUGGGCAGCAUGAUGGGCAGCAUAAAACCUAUGGCGCCAAGCCAAUCCAUACCGCAACCGCAGCAGCAACAGCAACAGCAAACCCAAGGGUCAGGCUUGGAUAAGUACGAGAGUCUCUUAUAGGCGAGUGAGGAAGGAGAUGUAACUGGUGUCACCCGUGCAGCUUUCAUGAGCG